GCAUGGCCACAACCGAAGAAGAUUCAGGUGGGGUCCACAUACUACAAGUGUCAAGUUUUGAAACACAUAACAAACAUAACCGUCACCAAACACAAAGUAAAACUAUAUUCUCCUCUGGCACUGCCAUUCUGCUGCAACAAGAUUAAUUAAAUUUAAAAAAGGAAGAAAAAAAAUGAUGAAAAACAUUGGUCAUCACAAUUUGAAUUUGGAUGUUAAAACAGUUGGAAUAAAUAUUCCACCUAAAGUAGCGAAAUUGAAUCUGGUUGGUUUGUUUCCUCGUAGAUUAUGGUUACCGACAAAAACAACAUGGACAUCACGGAAGAGGAAGGUUCCGGUUGAGGUUGAAGAGGUGAAGUUGAAUAAGGUGGUUUUAGAAGGAGUUGAAUCCGCUACAAAAAGUGCCUUUGGAUUUGGCGUUUCAGCUGCUCUCUCGUUAUGUAUUUUCUUCCACGCGCCAACUGCUCUCGCUCAAUCGCUCACCGUCGCUUUUCCCGUUUCACGCGCACCUGAGGUAAAUGCAGUUCAAAGAACUCUUGUUGAAGCAUGGGGCUUGAUCCGGGAAACAUUUGUUGAUCCUACAUUUAACCAUCAAGAUUGGGAUAUGAAGUUGCAGCAAACAAUGGUGGAAAUGUUUCCCCUGAACUCAGCUGAUGCAGCCUACAACAAAAUCAGUGGAAUGCUUUCUACACUUGGAGAUCCUUUCACUAGAAUUAUCAGUCCAAAGGAAUAUCAAGGAUUUAGAAUUGGAAGUGAGGGAAACUUACAAGGAGUUGGCCUCUUCAUAAAUGUUGAACCAAGAACAGGACAUUUGGUUGUUUUGUCAUGCAUAGAAGACGGUCCAGCUGCUCGAGCCGGUAUUCAUCAAGGAGAUGAAUUGGUUGAGAUAAAUGGAGAGAGGCUUGAUGGCAUUAAUAGUGAAGGUGCAGCACAGAGGCUUAGAGGGAAUGCUGGAACAACUGUUACAGUAAAGGUCAAAGACUCAAGGAAAAACUCUUAUAUCCGAGAGGUCAAACUUCCAAGGGAGUAUAUAAAGCUCUCUCCAAUAUCCAGUGCCAUCAUUCCUCACAGAUCACCAGAAGGGCAGGUUAUAAAAACUGGCUAUGUGAAAUUGUCAACCUUCUCUCAGACAGCCGCUGAAGACAUGCAGAAUGCAAUUCAGAAAAUGAAAAAUCAAGGAGUACACUCAUACAUACUAGAUCUAAGGAACAAUCCUGGUGGUUUGGUAAAAGUAGGCCUUGAUGUUGCUCAGAUGUGGUUAGAUGGAGACGAGACUCUGGUGAAUACAAUCGAUAGAGAAGGGAACAUGUCACCUAUUAAUAUGGUCAAUGGGCAUGCCAUAACACAGGAUCCACUUGCUGUGAUUGUCAAUGAGGGAAGUGCGAGUGCUAGUGAGAUUUUAGCUGGGGCGUUGCAUGAUAACGGUCGAGCUAUUCUUGUCGGGCGCAAAACAUUUGGAAAAGGAAAGAUUCAGAGUGUGACUCAGCUUCAUGAUGGAUCAGCCCUCUUUGUCACAGUAGCAAAAUACCUAUCACCAGCACUUCAUGAUAUAGAUCAAGUUGGAAUAACACCAGAUGUGCAGUGCACAACAGAAAUGCUUAAUUCACCAAAGGAACUUUCAACCAAAGAUAAGACUUCAAUCUCAUCUCUUGAAGCAGAUUCAUGCAUUAUGGUAGCUGAACAUGAGUUGGAUAUGAAAGAUUCCAAGGGAACUGUUUCUUGAACAUUGCACUGUCUUUUAAUCACAUUUUCUUUUCAAUGUUGAAAGUUGAAAAGGAAAGUUAUAUGAGUGCUGCUAAUUUGUAUAUGUUACAUUGUGAUUAUUACUAGUUAUCAUCAGGAUAUGAUUAGUUAUCAAUAGAAUAAUAGAAAUUUUAUUUUUAUGUUGAAGCAUAAUUUGAACAGUGUUUGAUUUUAUUUUGAGUAAACAAUCAUUUGGAUCUUUGAAUA